GAUGAGGUCGAGACUAAAGUGGACCUGCCCAUUCUUCUAAAGCUUCAGAAAAGGGUGAAGGAGCUGGAGGGAGAAAAUCGAUCUUUAUGGAAAAAGCUGGGCAAAAAAGAGGAGGCCCAACAAGAAAAGGCAAAAGAAGUGGAGAUACAGACAACUUUUGGCAGGACAGAACUGGACGUAGAAAAAUUGAAGCGGCAAGAGCUGGAGUCGGAGAACAAGAAACUGAAGCAGAAUCUGAAUGAACUGCGGAAGUCUCUGACCAGUGAGAAUAGCGAUUUGGCGCCCCCUGCUGCUGGCUCUCUGCCUUACAACAUUCUGCUGGAACAACUCAGUUCUUCCAACGAGGAGCUGGAGCUGCGGAAAGAGGAGGUGCUGCUCCUCCGUUCACAUAUGGUUCGUCAGGAAGCUCUUAAACACAGGGACUCUGUACUUGGAGAAAGUGUGAAACUGGAUCUCGGUGAAAUCCACUCAUUACAAGAUUUACAAGAUUCUGACAGAUCCACUAAUAUUCAUACCCUGAAUGAAGAUGGGGAGCUGUGGCUUGCUUAUGAAGGCUUGAAAGAGACAAAUAGGCUUCUGGAGACCCAGAUGCAGGAGCAGGAGUGUCUUCACAGUGAGAAGUACAGGAAGCUGACUGAGGAGAUGAACAAACUGAGGUCUGAAAAGGAGCAUCAACAAAAGCUGCUGGCUACGAGCCUCCUUUUACCCGAAGAUGCCCGAAUAGAUGCAAGCCUGAAGCACGAGAUAACGCGGCUCACCACUGAGAAUCUGGAACGAAUGGAGCAACAACAGAAACAAGAUAAAACAAUACGCAAAUUGAAAAAACAACUUAAGCUGUAUAUGAAAAAAGUGGAAGAUUUAGAAGCGAACGCUCGUCAGACGAUCAGCUCUUCUGAUACGAGCAUGCCGGUCCGACCGGUGCACAUCGCACGCAAGGAGAAGGAGUUCCAGGGCAUGUUGGAGUUCAAGGAGGACGACACGGGUCAUUUGCUCAAGAACCUGGUCGUAGAUCUGAAGCCUCGCGGCGUCGCAGUCAGCUUCACUCCAGGGCUUCCUGCCUUCAUCAUCUUCAUGUGCCUUCGAUAUGCAGACAGCGUGAACGACGACAGGAGACUCAGCACUCUCCUCAAUUCUACAAUCAGCAGCAUCAAAGGCGUCAUCAAGAGAAAAGGAAAUGAUUUUGAGGUGGUGUCGUUCUGGCUGGCCAACACGUGCCGGUUAAUGCACUGUCUGAAGCAGUACAGUGGAGAUGAGGUGUUUAUGGUGCACAACACUGCUAAGCAGAACGAGCAAUGCCUGGCUAACUUUGAGCUGACAGAGUACCAUCAGCUUUUUGGUGACCUGGCCAUUCAAAUCUACCGUCAGAUCAUCAAAAGCAUGGAGAACAUCCUGCUACCCCUGAUAAUACCAUGCAUGCUGGAGCAUGAGGCAGAGCAGGGAGUUUUAGGCUCCAAACCAACAGGCCUGAGGAAGAGGAGCCCCAGCUGCCCUGAUGAAGCUUUGACAGUGGAGGUCCUCCUGCAGCGUCUCAGCUUCUUCCACACCACCAUGAGUCAACACGGGAUGGACUCUGACAUCAUCAAGCAGGUGGUCAAACAGCAGUUUUACAUCAUCAGCGCCGUGACACUUAACAACCUGCUGCUGAGGAAAGACAUGUGCUCGUGGGGAAAAGGCCUACAGAUCAGGUACAACGUUUGGCAGCUGGAUGAGUGGCUGUCAGAGAGGGAGCUGAGCGGCUGUGGAGCAAAGGAAACUCUGGAGCCUCUCAUUCAGGCUGCACAGCUUUUACAAAUCAAGAAAAACACUGAAGCUGAUGCCAAAGCAAUCUGUAGCAUGUGCUCCUCCCUCACCACAGCACAGAUUGUUAAAAUCCUGACCUUGUACACUCCAGUAAUUGAGUUUGAAGAAAGAGUUUCAAACACAUUCAUCACCACCAUUAAAAACCUUUUGAAAGACAGAGCUGAGUCGUCCAACUUGAUGAUGGACGCCAAGAAAAUAUUCUCUGUCACAUUCCCAUUCACGCCUUCCUCUGUGGCUUUGGAGACCAUCCAGAUCCCCGCAAGCCUCAACCUGGGCUUCCUUAUCCGUGUCUAGAGCUGACCUCUGACCUCUGAUCGCACCUUGUUUUUCUAAUCCUGUUUACAAGUAAAUAAAAUAAACCAAAGACUGUUUUCCAUCAAAGUUUGCAUC